AGCGCUCCUGCAGCCUGCGCGCCUGCCUCGGUCCUUCCUGCUCUUCCCAGGGUGAUCAGCUGGUCUGCUCUCCCCUGACGUGGGCCGGGGCACGUCACCGCCGAAUGGCAGCCUCCAGAAAGGCACCGCGAGUAAGGGCAAAUCACCAGGAUUUUCAGCUGAAAAACUUAAGAAUAAUUGAGCCUAACGAGGUGACAUACUCUGGUGACCCAGGCGCGGAAACAGACGGCAGGAUGGCUCCAAAGGUGACCUCAGAGCUGCUUUGGCAGCUACGACAAGCCAUGAGGAACACGGAGUAUGUGACAGAGCCGAUCCAGGCCUACAUCAUCCCGUCGGGAGACGCCCACCAGAGCGAGUACAUUGCCCCCUGCGACUGUCGGCGGGCCUUCGUCUCUGGAUUUGAUGGCUCUGCGGGCACAGCCAUCAUUACAGAGGAGCACGCGGCCAUGUGGACCGACGGACGCUACUUUCUCCAGGCUGCCAAGCAGAUGGACAGCAACUGGACGCUCAUGAAGAUGGGUCUGAAGGAUACACCAACUCAGGAAGACUGGCUGGUGAGUGUACUUCCUGAAGGAUCCAGGGUUGGUGUGGACCCACUGAUUAUUCCUACUGAUUACUGGAAGAAGAUGGCCAAGGUUCUGAGAAGUGCCGGCCACCACCUCAUUCCUGUCAAGGAGAACCUUGUGGACAAAAUCUGGACAGACCGUCCUGAGCGCCCGUGCAAGCCCCUCCUCACACUGGGCCUCGAUUACACAGGCAUCUCGUGGAAGGACAAGGUUGCAGACCUUCGAUUGAAAAUGGCCGAGAGGAACAUCGUGUGGUUUGUGGUCACCGCCCUGGAUGAGAUUGCGUGGCUAUUCAAUCUCCGAGGAUCAGAUGUGGAGCACAAUCCGGUGUUUUUCUCCUACGCCAUCAUAGGAUUGGAGGCAAUCAUGCUCUUCAUUGAUGGUGACCGCAUAGAUGCCCCCAGCGUGAAGGAGCAUCUGCUUUUUGAUUUGGGCCUAGAACCCGAAUACCGAAUCCAGGUGCUUCCCUACAAGUCCAUCCUGAGCGAGCUCAAGGCUCUGUGUGCCAAUCUCUCCCCAAGGGAGAAGGUGUGGGUCAGCGACAAGGCCAGCUACGCCGUAAGCGAGGCCAUCCCCAAGGACCAUCGAUGCUGUAUGCCUUACACCCCCAUCUGCAUCGCCAAAGCUGUGAAGAAUUCUGCCGAAUCAGAAGGCAUGCGGCGAGCCCACAUUAAAGAUGCUGUUGCCCUCUGUGAACUCUUUAACUGGCUGGAGAAAGAGGUGCCCAAAGGUGGUGUGUCCGAGAUCUCAGCUGCCGACAAGGCUGAGGAAUUUCGCAGACAACAGGCUGACUUUGUGGACCUGAGCUUCCCAACGAUUUCCAGUACGGGACCCAAUGGCGCCAUCAUUCACUACGCGCCGGUCCCUGAGACGAAUAGGACCUUGUCGCUAGAUGAGGUGUAUCUGAUUGACUCGGGAGCUCAAUACAAGGAUGGAACCACAGAUGUGACACGGACCAUGCAUUUUGGGACCCCUACAGCCUAUGAGAAGGAAUGCUUCACAUAUGUCCUCAAGGGCCACAUAGCGGUGAGCGCAGCUGUGUUCCCGACUGGAACCAAAGGACACCUUCUUGACUCAUUUGCCCGCUCAGCAUUAUGGGAUUCUGGCCUGGAUUACCUGCACGGCACGGGACACGGGGUUGGGUCUUUCCUGAAUGUUCACGAAGGUCCUUGCGGCAUCAGUUAUAAAACGUUCUCCGAUGAGCCCUUGGAGGCAGGCAUGAUCGUCACUGAUGAGCCAGGGUAUUAUGAAGAUGGGGCUUUUGGAAUUCGUAUUGAAAAUGUAGUCCUGGUGGUUCCUGUGAAGACCAAGUAUAACUUCAAUAACCGGGGAAGCCUAACCUUUGAACCUUUAACUUUGGUUCCGAUACAGACCAAAAUGAUAGAUGUGGAUUCUCUUACAGACAAAGAGUGCGACUGGCUCAACAGUUACCACCGGACCUGCAGGGACGUGGUCGGGAAGGAGCUGCAGAAGCAGGGCCGCCAGGAAGCUCUUGAGUGGCUCAUCAGAGAGACGCAGCCUAUCUCCAAACAGCGUUAAUACCUCCCUGGUUUUUGUUUUUCCCUUACUUCCCCUUUUUACUUUGAGAUUCUAAGAAGAACUGAAAAUCUUCUUAUCCUCUUUGAUAUUUUCUUGCAAACACUCAAUCUUUUAUGAUUUUUUUAAAUUGUUGAGAACGAGCCAAGAAUAAAAUGGCUGCACCAGAAGGAGGGUCCCCACAGAGCCGAACGCCCGAUGCGGGGAGACGCCCCGAGCGGCCGCAGUGAGUUCUCUGGCCAGCGAUGGUGAAACACGGAGUGCUUGCUCUAGGAUGGUCAGGUUUCAGGUGCUAGUACAUUAUUCAUGAUCACCUUGACUCAUGAGACUGUAUUUAUGAUCAGUGAAUAAAAUGUCAAAAUACA